AUGCCAAACUGGGAACGUGAAUUUGUCUCCUGCACUUCCGCCACCAGCGCACGCAAUGGCGCCGGUUUUAACCCUUGCCAGGGCCUCUACUUCAAGCCCAGUGGCAAACCGGCAAAAACAGCACUCAUUGCAACCCACUACAACGUUGACUUCAGCGAGCAUUACCUCGGCCCUUAUAUGGCAGAGCGUGGUUUUGGUUUUCUCGGCUGGAACACACGCUUUCGCGGCAAUGAAGCAUUUUUCCUGCUGGAACAUGCACUUAUCGACAUAGGCGCCGGUGUUAAAUGGCUGCGUGAAACCGCCGGCGUGGAAAACAUUGUCAUCCUUGGCAACUCCGGCGGAGGCUCCCUGAUGGGCGCUUAUCAAUCACAGGCACUCGGCGUCACCAUGUCUGCCACGCCGGGUCUCAAAAUACCGGAUGCGCUGCAUGACCUGAUACCUGCGGAGCUGUACAUAUCCCUGUGCGCCCACCUUGGACGCCCGGAAGUGCUCACCGAUUGGUUUGACCCGUCCAUCACAGAUGAGCGCGACCCAACCAGUAUUGACGAAAGCCUUAACAUGUUUAACCCGGACAACGGGCCACCCUACGCAGCUGAUUUCAUAGAGAAAUAUCGAGCCGCCCAGCGGGCACGCAAUCACCGCAUAACCGACUGGUGUUAUGCGGAACUGGAACGCCUGGCAGAACUGGGUAUGACUGAUCGGGCGUUCAACAUGUAUCGCACCUGGGCUGAUCUGCGGCUGAUGGAUGGCACCAUGGAUCCAUCUGAACGGGAAGUUGGACGCUGUUACGCCGGCGAUCCGAAAACUGCCAAUUUCUCUCCCAGAGGCAUCGGCUUGAACAAUACAUUGCGCACCUGGCUGUCGAUGUGGUCAUUGCGCGAUUCGCACUGCAGCGGCACCGAACAUCUGAGUCGAAUAUCUCAACCAGCGCUGGUAAUUCAAAGCACAGGAGAUACCGGCGUAUUUCCCAGCGAUGCCAAAUCGAUCUACGACACGCUCGCAAGUACGGACAAACAUCUUGAGAUGAUCCCUGGCGACCACUAUCUGGAAAACCCGGGUGAUGCACGCGACAAAGUCGCGGACAUGAUUGUCGAUUGGUCGACAUUGCCAGAAAGGUGCUGGCGCAGACUUACGCAAACCUUAGCGAUCAUCUUGGAGAAACCCAUGAUUGAGUAUCCGAUCCUACCCACCUCGCUGGUGGGCAGCUACGCCCAACCGGACUGGCUGAUUGAUAAAUCACGUCUGGGUGCGCGCCUGCCGCCCAGAGUUAUUCUGCAUGAAUUGUGGAAACCCGCACCGGAUGAUUUAGAAGAAGCGCAGAACGACGCAACGCUGAUUGCCCUGGAUGAUCAGCGACGCGCCGGUGUGGACAUUGUCACCGACGGCGAAAUGCGGCGCGAAAGCUAUUCCAACAGAUUUGCAAACGCGUUGGAGGGUGUAAACAUAGACAACCCCGGGGAAGCCAUCGACCGAACUGGUAAAAAAGUGCCUGUGCCUCGUGUCACCAGCGCGAUCAGACGCCGGGCAGCAGUAGAAGCGCCGUAUAUCGCUUUCCUCAAAGCACAUACCGACAAACCCAUAAAAAUUACCCUGCCGGGGCCUUUCACGCUGGCACAACAAGCCGAUAAUCAGUUUUAUGAAAACGACGGCGAUCUGGCAAUGGCCUACGCCGAGGCUGUUAACGAAGAACUCAGAGAUCUUUUUGCAGCGGGCGUGGAUAUCGUACAACUGGACGAGCCUUAUGUGCAGGCGCGUCCCGAGGCUGCUCGAGAGUACGCGGUGGCCGCCAUUGACCGCGCUUUGCAGGGCGCGGCAGGCCCUACCGUCCUGCAUGUCUGUUUCGGCUAUGGCAAGCACGUUGAUAACAAACCUGAGGGAUAUGCAUUCCUCGGAGAGCUGGAUGCCUGCCGCGCAGACGAGGUGUCAAUUGAAUGCGCGCAACCCAAACUGAAAAUGGAUUUACUCGCUUGCCUGCCUAACAAAAAAGUACACGUUGGUGUUUUAGACCUGCGUGAUACAACACCUGAAACGCCAGAGAUGGUUGCCGAUCGCAUCCGCGCCGCGCUUAAGGUCAUACCUGCGGAGCAGAUUGUCGUCGCACCAGACUGCGGCAUGAAAUACCUGUCACGUGAGGUUGCCUUUGAAAAGCUCCGCAAUAUGGCAGUGGAUGACAUUGCCAGCUAUGUCGACAGCUUCCUCAGCCGCCAGCCGGGCUUCAUCCAAAGCCAGCUGCUGGCGAGCAACGAUGGGCAGACCCUUGUCCACCAGGGCAACAUCGCCAAUGCGGUGGUCGACUUUUCGAAACAUACGGUUUCGCUGGUUGCCAUUGUCAGCGAUCAGAUCAGAGAGGGUAAAGCAGUCACCGGUCUGGCCUUCAAUUCCAUAGGUCGUUUUGGCCAGGGCGGCAUUCUGCGCGAGCGCAUGAUGCCCCGCCUGCUGGAGGCAGAUCCAGCAUCACUAUUGAGCGCGGACGGCAAUCGCUUUGAUCUGACAAAAGUGUCCGCCGCCAUCAUGCGCGACGAGAAACCUGGUGGGCACGGCGAUCGUGCCGGUGCAGCGGCAGCCCUGGAGCUGGCGUUCUGGGAUCUCAACGCAAAACUCGCCGAUCAGCCUGCGUAUCAAUAUAUCGCGCAGACCCUAGAGCAGAUGCCGCCCGUACCGGGUGCAGAAGUCUACGCCGCAGGCGGCUACUACUACCCGGGCGGAUCGAGCGGCCGUUUAGCGGACGAGCUGAAGUCCUAUCAGGACCAGGGGUAUCAGUCCUUCAAAAUCAAAAUUGGCGGCGCCUCGCUAACAGAAGACAUGCAACGUAUUGAGGCCGCUAUCAACAUUGCGGGCAGCCCAGGAGCUAUAGCAGUGGAUGCUAACGGGCGGUUCGAUCUGCCCACCGCGCGGAUCUAUGCAGAACAACUGGCUACCUAUAACCUGCGCUGGUAUGAAGAACCAGGAGAUCCGUUAGACUACGCCCUGCUGGCAGAACUCGGCGAGCACUACCACGGCUCAAUUGCCACCGGUGAAAACCUUUUCAGCGCGGCUGAUACCCACAAUCUGAUGCGCUAUGCCGGCCUGCGUCCUGACAAAGACAUUCUGCAGAUGGACCCGGGUUUAUCUUACGGCCUGACCGAGUAUCAGAAAAUACUGCAGGUCACCAGCGACGCUGGGUUCCCCAGGACACAGUGCAUUCCUCACGGUGGUCACCUGAUCAAUCUGCACAUUGUCACCGCGCUGGGGCUGGGGGGUUGUGAAGCUUAUCCCGGUGUAUUCAACCCGUUUGGCGGCUAUUCCGCACAAAGUCGAAUUUUCGACGGACGGGUGUUUCCCAGCGAUGCACCUGGCUUCGGUUGCGGAGCUAUGGGAUCGAUCUAUGCAGCCCUGCUUGCAUCUGCAGGCCAUGACGUCUCUGUCGUCGACCCCAAUGAAGAUCACAUCAACACAAUCAACACGCACGGACUGCGCGUCAGUGGCGCAAGUGGCGAUCGCACCGUGCAGCUGCAGGGCUAUACCACUCCCCCCGAGAUGCCAACAGACCUGAUCAUCUGCGCGGUGAAAGCGCGUUUUAUCGAAUCUGCAGCCGCCUCUCUGCAACCCCUUAUCGCCCCACACACGCGCGUGCUGACCAUCCAGAACGGACUCGGCAGUGCGGAAACAGUUGCCAACCACGUGGGUGAGGAACGCCUGCUGGUCGGCGUUGCCCAGGGGUUUGGCGCUUCACUGCCGGAGCCCGGUUUUGCACACCAUAACGACAUGAAAGCCAUCCGCAUGGGGGCUUACGACAGCCUUGCUUAUGCUGAAGUCAGCAGCAUUGCUCAAGUGUGGGCAGACGCCGGAUUUGAUGCCGCGCCGGUUAUCGACAUCGCAGCUAUGCAAUGGGAGAAACUCAUCUGCAACGUCGCCUAUAGCGCACCUUGCGCCAUUUCAGGCUUGACCGUAGGUGACGUCCUCGAUCACCCGCACAUGAGUAUUGUCAGCAGAGCUGCUGCACGGGAAGCUUUUGACGUGGCCAUAGCGUCAGGCGUGACACUGCGGUUUACCGACCCGGAUAGAGAGAUUAGAGACUUUGCAGAACGCAUGCCCAAUGCCAAACCCUCGGUGUUGCUGGAUCUGGAAGCAGGUCGCAUCAGCGAAGUAGACGUGAUCAAUGGCGCAAUACCACGACAGGGUGCAAAAGUGGGCCUCAACGCACCUGUUAACGCAACCUUAACUGAACUGGUUCAGACACUGGAAUCAAAAGGCCAUUCUUGA